UGUUCCACUGCUCCCGGCUAUGGAAUCCAGACUGUUGUGAUGUCAUAUUGAAUGUGGAAUGUGUGAAGACACAUUCUUGUGAAUCACAUUAUAUUUGGUAAACCAGAUACCAGGUAGGUAACACAUCAACUGAAACAGGACAUCAUGUCUGAAAGUUGUGAGGCUUCUAGAAACGCUUCCGAGGAAGCAAACAAGCCGGUGGGAGUGCCCUUCAUAGAUCUGGUAGAAAUAAUUGAAGUACCUGAGGAGCAACCACAAGAGCGUGAUGAAGAGGAGCAAUAUAUCAAUGACCGAGAAGAGCUCAGGAGAAGGCUGUGUCAGGCUGAAACCAGCUGCAGACAGAAGAGGGAGCUCUAUGACAAGACGUUUGGGCAUGGACUGGCACUCGAGGAGCUGAUAAAUGAGUUGGAAGCUCAGAACAAGAACUUCACCCGCAAAGUGAAAGAGUUACAACAGCAGGUGUCAAAUAUAAGAAAAACGAAGGAGGAGGAGGAGGAUGAAGAAGAUCCAUCCACUUACAUAAGGAAGCUGGAAAAGGAGAAUCGAAAGCUGAGGGAGAAAACUGCAGAUCUGACUGCUGAGCUGGACCAACUCUCUCUAGGAGAAAACUAUCAGGACAAACUACAAAACCUGAGGAGAGCUGAGCAGGAAUUUAAACACAAACAGGAGGAGGUUCAGGGAGCCCUGCGUAGUAAAGAUGAGGAAAUACAGACGAAAUGCAUGACUUUAAUUCAAAGAAAUAACAAGAUAGAGGAGUAUUUCAACACCAUCGAGGACCUCAGACAGGAUCAGCGAGAACUUCGAGAGCAGCUGAGCAGCAGACAGGAGGAGCAGAUAUUAGCACCACUGAAUUUCCAAGAUGAGUCCAUGACAAGUGAAACAAGACAGCCACUGGGCUCUUCAGCAACGGAUGAGGAGGAUGAAGAGCACAAAGAUGAGAGGCCCCUGAAGACUGAAAGCUGGUGGGGUCGUGCUAAGGGCCUGUGGAAAGGAGUAAAGGUAGCAGGAGCCAUCGCCUUUUGUGUUCUCCUUCCUGAAGGUAUCAUGACCUGCAUGGAGCCUGUGUACAACAGUCCAGAUCCUGACUACAACCUUUGGAACCUCGUUUUCGACCUGCUGGAGCCCUACAGCGAGCUCCAUCACACACUCCCUCCUGUUUACUAACACCUAGCUAGACUUGGGUUGGAUGAACUAAAAUGGCCACUGAACACUUUGCACCUGUCCGCCCAGGAUGGGGGCUCCCUCAUUUGUGGUCCUUCCCAAGGUUUCUUCCAUUUUUUGCCAUUAAAGGGAUUUCUUGGGAGGUUUUCCUUGCCCUCUUGAGGGGGGUGCUAUUUUAACAUUAAUAUACAAUAAAUUUGGAAUUGACUGUGGCCUGGUAGUUAGCAACCACACAGCGACCUCACAGCAGGAAGCAUUGAGCAGCAUUCAAUCCCCGACCCUUUCUGUGUGGAACUAGCAUAUUGUCCUUCUCAUCCUGUGGAGCCGUUCUUCAAAGAUGACUUUAGAUUUGUUCAUCGGUUUAAAAUGUUUAGGUACUAAUAUUUGUACUAAUUAAUGUUUUCUAAAAAAUAAAAGAAUUAAAUAAUUGCAA